GAGAGAGGAGCAGUCAGACAGUCAGGCCGCCCGGCAAGCGAGCGCGCGAGGCAGUGCAGGCAGGAGCCAAGACCACUAGAUCUACGCGGCUUACGGACUUACAGACUUAAGCCGGCUAGCAGUCCGUCGGCUCAACCGGCUAAGCCUUUGCGAAACCCACCUCUGUACGGACUAUACCCACUUCCUAGCUACCGACCAACCUACUUCCUGUUUUACUCUACACCUAUCCUAACGCCGCAACCUACUUCUCUUACUCCGCUUACUUAUACUUACUUCCGUUAGUCGGGGAAGCGUGGCGGCAACACGCUCACCUAUCGUCGACUCGACUCUUCCCGCGAUUACACGUCUUUUCUAUUUGUCUGUCUGUCUCGUUUCUUUCGCCCCUCCCUACCCCCCUGCGUCGCCGAAAUACAAACGUCGGCUUACGGGGACAACCCCCGCCGCGAAGGUGUAGCGGAAGAAAAUCCGACGUGAAGAAGCCACGUGAUUGUUACUCUAGAGUUCCCGCAAAACCGAACUGUUUCGUUACGCAUCGGAGGUACGAGGCGCGGAAAUAUAUUGCGGCUGUGACCAAGCCGACGGUGUCCGACCGAGCGACGGCUUAUUGAACGUCAACAGACUUUGAGAAAAACAAAAAAAAUACAGAAAACACACGUGUCGUAUAGUAUUCGGUAAUAUUCGAGUGAUCCAUUAAUCGUCCAGUCGACCGAGAAACGUACGAAGAGGUACGUGAGAUCGGUUGAAUUUAUCGGUACAUGUGAAAGUGAAAUUUGUUCGGGGCAAACGACAAACGAGCGGAUGUGAAGAUCGUUCUCGCCCUCUGCGUUUUCUUGUGUGUGGUUUUGAGUUUUACUUUAUUUUCUUUCUUUCGGGGAAGGGGGGGGGGUUGAAAAGGAGUACCGCAGUUGAUCGAGUGCGUUGUGCGAAAAAGCCGAAGUAUCCCCGAGGUCAAUUAAAACCACGUUGGAAGCGAAUGCUAUAAAUAUUACGUAACACACGUAACGGGAUAACGUACCUCAUACAACGUUAUGGUAGCUCGAGAUACAAGCACUUACCUACUACCUUGUGCGCACAACGAAAAUCUUAUCUCUUUAGGUCGCCCGAAAAACUAGCUCGCUUCGCAUUCGCCGCUCAUUAGCUUCUCUCGCGAGUCUCGAAGAAAAAUAAAUAAUAAUACACCGUCUCCUCGACAACUGGAAGUGCGACGUGCCAAUUGCGGAUAGGUGUGCUAAAAUUUCAGACCAAAGAAUUCCAACACUUCGGCGUCUCGAAAAACGGGGAAAAAAUAGAAAGAUAAUUUUUUUUCGUACGAUCGUUACGAACGAAUCAACGACGUACAGUGGGUGACAUAAAAAUUGUGUGAAAAGACCAUCGACUCAGAUGAUUCGUACGCUACGUUGAAUAACAACCGAGCCCGUUUCAGUAAAUCCCAAUCAUCGGUCUCCGCUGUUGUCGAAGAGAAUAUUUUUUUUUCUCUUUUUUUUCGCUACCCCAUCGGAACGGGUUGUGGAGUGAGAAAAGUUUAAGAUUGUGCCGAGGUAAUCAGCAACAGCAACACGACGCUCACGUUCUACAGCAUGGAGCGAGGUGGAGGCGGAGGAGGCCUCGAUCUCGCUGGGGGCGGAGGAGGUAACUCGGACCUCUGCCUCCAAGAUCUCGUCACCGGUUCCGCUACGGGACUCUCGGUACAGCAUCACCAACACGCCGCGGCCGCCGCCUCGAUGGCCGGAUUGCACGGUGAUCACCUCCAAGGCGUGAUGCACCAUCACGAUCUCCAUUCGGGACACCACGGGUCGUCGAUGCACCACCACCCCUCGGCGUCGCACCAACUCCAUCACGAACCGCUCGAGAAACUUAAACGUGUGUGGGCGGAGGGUGACUUCCGGGACAGCAACAACGGGGCCUUAACCGGACUGGAUUCUUCUGGUCACGGGGCGCAUACGCCGGGCGAUAGCACCCCGAGUACACCGGGGGCGACGCCCACCACCCCGUCCGGAGGAUUUUCGUCAGCACAGCCGAGAAAUAGGACGAGCAAUACGCACAGGCCGGAUAUAAGGAAAGGCGUCCGAACACCGACGGAAGUAAAACACGAGCUCGGAUCGGCGGGAGGUGUAGUAUCGCCGGGCGGAGUCGUCGGUGUCAACGAUACGGAGGAUAAGGACGGUAAAAAAAGUAAACGACAGAGAAGGCAACGGACGCAUUUCACCUCGCAACAACUGCAGGAACUCGAGGCGACCUUUGCGAGAAAUCGAUAUCCCGAUAUGUCGACGAGGGAGGAGAUCGCCAUGUGGACGAAUCUGACGGAAGCUCGCGUCAGAGUAUGGUUCAAAAACCGAAGGGCGAAAUGGCGUAAGCGCGAACGUAACGCCAUGAACGCUGCGGCGGCAGCGGCGGCCGAUUUCAAAUCCGGUUUCGGUACGGCGAGUUUGAACGGUUUCAUGACACAGCCGUUCCCGGACGCGGACGCCCUUUACAGUUCUUACAGUUCCUACAACAACUGGGCGGCAAAGGUACCAUCGCCACUGAGCAGCAAGUCGUUCCCGUGGCCGGUGAAUCCCUUGGGAUCGGUGGUACCCACGGCCUCCCAUCACCACCAUCACGCCCAGGUCAGCCCCGUGAAUUGUUUCAACGCGGCGGCGACGUCGGUGGCGGGUAGCCACGUGGGCGGUAUGUCCGUGUCCGUUGGCCAGGCGGCGACGUCGAUGCUACCGGGCAUGGGAUCCGGCUUGGGGGUGGCCGGUUCCCCGGUCGCGGCAUCGGGGGCCGCGUGUCCCUACGCGGCGCCGGCGGCCCCCCAUCCCUACGGUCCACCGGUUUACACGACGCAUCACCGUACGGCGGCGGCACCGGAAACGUGCAACGUGAUGUCCAGCAGUAUCGCGUCGUUGCGAUUGAAGGCCAAACAGCACAGCAGCGGAUUCAGUUCGGCGAGUCCCUACAGUACGGGCGGGACCACCGGUACAACGGGGGGUAGCAUAAGUCCGGUGAGUUCGAGGGCGUCAUCGGUCGGCGGUCUGAGCGCCUGUCAGUACGCGCUAACGACAGGUAACAACAAUCCGCAUUCGCCGGGACCGGAGCACGGAAACGGUGCGGCUAGGGCCCAGGUCUGAGGCGAAGUGGGGGCUGCAGGUUCUAGCCCCCACCAAAUACAAAACAACAAUACAUUGGGUGGCGCGUCGAUAACCGGGGGUGGCAACACCCACGGCAAGGGUCACCUGCACUCGUCGGAGUGACCCAGGUCGCGGUCCGCCGCUUCUCCGACCCUGUCGUCUACCCCGUCGUCCACGGCGUCUCCGUCGCCGUAUUUGCUUUACGACGACGACGCCGUUCAGUCGUCCUCGUCGGGCGUCAAUGAGGCGAACAAGUUGUUGCAUCAAGACGACGGUCGGUCCUCGAUG